UUCAUUCAUCAACAUUGUGGUGGAUCAAAAAGACAAAAACACAUAACCGUCGACGACGAUUGGACAGACUCACUUGGAAUUGAUCGGUCGUGUCGUGGAAGAAACUUUGAAAGCGAUCAGAUUGUCAUUGGACCACCAUUGAUGGCUAUUCAUCAUCGGUGGAUGAUCAUCAUGGUUCUGUUGAACCAGCGAAUUGUAGUCAUGUUGAUGACCGUUUUCAUUUCAUUCGUUUUGAUGCUGACAUUGCCCGCCACAGCGAUAGCGAAAUCGGCCAAUGGCCGAAAUGGACGCAUGAUGACAGAAGCGACCAGCAACAACAACAACAACAACAUCAAGGAAAGACGCAUCAACGAGAAGAUUCGUCGCAAGUAUUUGACUGUGCAACGAACCUUGGAUUGUCAUGAACGUUCUUUCACAUUCAAAGCGGUCCAAACAGAUCCUGUGACCGGACUGCAGUGUCGUGAUUACAUACGACUAUUGUCGUGCUGGGGCCGUUGCAACAGCGGCGAGAUUUCUGAUUACCGGUUUCCAUACAAACGUUCAUUCCACAAUGUCUGCAUUCACGAUGUGGUCGAAAAGCGGUUAUUCGAGCUGACCGAUUGUGAUGCUGGAGCGCCCGAAUAUCUACGCUCAUACGAAACGGUCGUGGCCAAGUCGUGCGUGUGUCGACGAUGCGAAACCUCGAUGGUCAACUGUGAAAGUGCAUCCAUUGAUCUUGAUUAUAUGUAAUGCUCGAGUACUUUACUUUGUUGCUUUGUCGUUUUGUCGUUUUGUUGCUUUGUUGCACUGUUUCCCCCUAUUCCCUCCCUCCUCCUCACACAUAAAUUUCCAAUAAAUUUUUAGUUCAAACAA